AUGAAUCACGAUAGUUUCUCUUCCCUAAAAUUUCGACGGUCGUCUAGCAAGCUUCACAAGGAUCCUCCGAGUUUCAGCUCCCGCAUCCUCAAGAGCCAGCAGAGCAACACGUCACUAAAGCGGCACCCUUCAGCGCCCGUCUACCCCCGUUCCUCCACCGGUGGGAGUCGUGAGCACUCGCGGACGAGAUCCAACGCCUACGGAUCUUCUUCAUCCUCCCUCGAGCAGAAUAGCGGCGGCCCGUCUCCGGUGCUCGCUGGUAACCAACCUGGAUACUUGUCGAACACCAACAACCCCUCCAAAUCCCGCCCUCCCCACUCGGGUCGUUUCUCUCUCACCGAGCAAAGCUCAGAUGAAUUGAUCGGACCCCCGUUUGACAGCCGGGGCAUGCUCAGUUCAUUGCAAGAAAAUACCACCGAGACCGUUCCCCAAAAACCCCCAAACCUCCGAUCGGCCACCAGCCCCGACUCCCGAGGAUUGAGACAGUCUGCCAGCUUCACGGCUCUACAGAACCGGAUGGAGACAUUCGUGCACAGGAAUACUGACAAUGAUCGCCCGGCGAAUCCGAAACGUUUAUCCGAUGACGGGGGAGGUGGUGUUGGCUCGCGCCCAUUUGGCGGGGGCCGGAGCAAGAAGAGCAGUUUCUCCAGCUUCGUCAAUAGCAUGCUAGGCUCCCCCCGAGGUAUCAAGAUCUCCGCCCCAGAGAAUCCGGUGCACGUUACGCACGUUGGCUAUGACAAUCAGACCGGUCAGUUCACUGGCCUCCCGAAGGAAUGGCAACGGCUGCUGCAGGAAAACGGUAUCUCGAAAAAGGAGCAGGAGGAACACCCGCAGACGAUGGUCGAUAUCAUGAGGUUCUACGAGAAGAAUGCCCAAGGCGAUGACGAAGUGUGGCACAAGUUUGACCACGCUUAUCCUCAGCCGCAGUCGAUGUCCAGCCCCAUCUCCGGAGGACAGACUAGUGCUGUCGGUGCCGGGUCCUAUGGCCCUACUUCAGCUCGGACGUCUCCUCCGACGAGUCCUCGCUUUCCACAGAACCAUGAGGGUAGCUUCGAGAACCCACGUGCGCCGCCUCCUAUUCCUCGUGGGCCUUCGGCGGCAACCCCAGCGGUGGGCGGCUUUGUCCCCAAUCGAGCACCGCCAAAACCUCCGACCCCUGCCAAUAUCACACCGGCUCGGCCUGCACCGCAGCCACCAACCGCGGGAUCAUACAGUGCUGCGCCCGCACGUCCACCCCAGGAGGCCUAUUCUCCUCCGCAGUUCGACACGCCUCCCAUUCCGGAAACGGAGCCCUUGCAGUCGGAACCUAAGCCUCAGUUGAGCAGGUCGAACUCCAGAGCCAAUGGUACGCCCGUACCAUGGCCGACCCACAAUGUGCCUACGCCCGCUCAAUACCAGCAAAAGCAGGAGCAAGCCAUGGCCGCAGCCCAGCAGGCGAUUGCUACUAUUCAACUCGACCGGAGCCGCAGUCAGCGUCAACAACCGCCUACUCGCCAGGAACAGAAGCAAGCUCCGGUCCAGAGCCCACCCCACCAUGUCUCCCCGGUGGACGAGGCUGCCCGCGCCGCUCCUGCUGCUCGCCCCCGACAGCGACCUCGCCAGAGUAAUGCGAUGGAUAUCAGGUCGCGACUCCUUGCCAUCUGUACGCCCGGGGACCCUACUAAACUGUACCACCAUCUCAACAAAAUCGGCCAGGGUGCGUCUGGUGGUGUUUUUACUGCCUACGAGAACAACACCAACAAGUGUGUUGCUAUUAAGCAAAUGAACCUGGACUUGCAACCCAAGAAGGAUCUGAUCAUCAAUGAGAUUCUGGUCAUGAAGGACAGCAAGCACAAGAAUAUUGUCAACUUUUUGGACAGCUACCUCCAUGGUCUGGACCUCUGGGUGGUGAUGGAAUACAUGGAGGGUGGCAGUUUGACUGAUGUGGUGACUUUCAACAUUAUGAGCGAGGGGCAAAUUGCGGCUGUCUGCAGAGAGGUAAGCUUUAUUGCUUCGUCCCAUCUAUAUCGUAUCUCUCUGACCUUUACUAGACUUUGA